AUGAAGAAUAUUGACCAGAAAACUGGAAAAGAGGUUGAAGAGACGCCCGUGGAGAGUUUCCGGGGCGAAAAACGCAAACAGACGCUGGAUCUCUGGGAGAUGACGCAGCUGAAUCACGCUUUUGGGGCCAAGCGGGUGGCUCUGGCGAGAGACGACGUGGAGGAUCCGUAUGCGGAGGUUGACGAACAGUCGAGCGAUGGGUCGGAUGAAGAGAUCGAGAUUGAGCUCGCCAACACGGUGCCGUCUUUUCUGAAAGGAAAGGAUUUCAAGACAGAAACCAACGAUUCCGCCAUGACCGUCAAGAAAAACCCGGAAGGGUCGAUGACAAGGGUUGCUCAGUACGGUUCGAAGUUCAUGAGCGAGGCGAAGCAGAGGAAACUCGAGCAGAAACGCGAGGAGGAGCGGCUGAAGCGGCUUGAGGAGCGGAGCAGGGUCAAUGGAGACCCGUUGGAAAAGAUGAUGCCCAGGCUAAACGGGGACCAGGCCAGACAAUCGGCGUACCAGGAGUGGCAGAAACAGGCCAAACGACAGGAGUACGGUCCACGGUCCAACAUGAGCAUUCGGGAACAGCGCGAGUCGCUGCCUGUUUUCCAGAAAAGAGCAGAUCUGGUCAAACUGGUUGCAGAGAACGACUUUCUCGUGGUUGUUGGAGAAACAGGUUCGGGAAAGACCACCCAGAUCACGCAGUAUCUGGCGGAGGAAGGGUUCGCCAUGAAGGGCGUGAUUGCGUGCACACAGCCCAGAAGAGUGGCAGCUACCAGUGUUGCCCGGAGAGUUGCACAGGAAGUUGGGUGCAAAAUCGGAGAGGAGGUCGGAUACACGAUCCGGUUUGAGGACGUCACCAGCAACAAGACCAUCAUCAAGUACAUGACGGACGGAAUGUUGCAGCGCGAGGCGCUGGUCGACCCGGACCUGACCAAAUACUCUGUGAUUAUGCUGGACGAGGCCCACGAGAGAACCAUUGCCACAGACGUUCUGUUUGCGCUGUUACGGGAGGCCGUGAUCAGACGCAAGGGCGGGCUGAAGCUGAUAGUCACGUCCGCCACGCUGGACUCGGCCAAGUUCUCCAACUACUUUGAACAGUGUCCAGUGUUCAAGAUCGAGGGACGCACGUUUCCGGUCAAGAUCUUCUACACCAAGGAGCCCGAGCUGGACUAUAUCUCUUCUUGCAUCGAGACUGUCAUUGAUGUGCACACAAACAACCCGCCGGGCGAUAUUCUGGUGUUUUUGACCGGUAAGGAGGAAAUUGAUACUUGCUGCGAAACUUUGGUGGACAAGAUGAGUCUUUUACGCGGAGAAAAUCCUUCUAUUGCCGAGCUGAUCAUCCUGCCGAUCUACUCUUCGCUGCCGUCGGAGAUGCAGACCCGGAUCUUCGAGCCCACGCCUGCUGGAAAACGGAAAGUUGUUCUUGCUACCAAUAUUGCAGAAACGUCGGUCACGAUUGACGGGAUCUAUUAUGUGAUUGAUCCGGGCUACGUGAAGGUCAAUGCGUAUGAUCCAAAGCUGGGGAUGGAUUCGUUAAUCGUGCAGCCCAUUUCGCGCGCCCAGGCAGACCAGCGAUCCGGAAGAGCAGGAAGAACAGGUCCCGGAAUAUGUUAUCGGUUAUACACCAAGAACGCAUAUCUGAACGAGAUGGGUUCCAACACCGUUCCCGAGAUCCAGCGACAAAACCUGUCGUACACGAUUCUGAUGCUCAAGGCGAUGGGGAUCGACGACGUGAUCGAGUUCAAUUUCAUGGACAAGCCGAAGCAGAACUCCAUUUUAACGGCGCUGGAAGAACUGUACAUUCUGGAUGCUCUGGACGAGAACGGGAAGCUCACAGACUUUGGCCAGCGCAUGGCCUUCUUCCCGAUGGAACCUCUGCUGUCCAAGACUCUGAUCAAGUCCAUCGAGUUUGGGUGUUCGGACGAGGUGAUCACCAUCAUCGCCAUGCUUUCUGUUCCUGACAUCUUCUACCGGCCGCGAGAAAAGCGGGACCAGGCCGACAAGGCCAAGGCGCGGUUCCACGACUACAACGGCGACCAUCUGACCUUUUUGAACGUGUAUAAUAAGUGGUCGGACGCAGAGAACUCGCGUGUUUGGUGCCAGGACAAUUACAUCCACGAAAAGUCGAUGCGACGGGCCAAAGACGUGCGCAAACAGCUCAUCCAGAUCAUGGACAAGCUCGACAGAAAGGAGCGGCGGCCACGGUCGUCGAUCGUCAGCUGCAUGGGCAACUGGGACCAGAUCCGCAAGGCGUUUGUUUCUGGGUUCUUCAAGAACUCAGCCAAACGAGCAGCUGUCCACGACGCCGAGGAGGGCUCGUACCGCACCCUGGUCGAGAACACGCCCGUGCACGUGCACCCAUCCUCGUCGCUGUUCAAGAAGCACGGCGUGGACCACGUGAUCUACCACACGCUGGUGCUCACCAACAAGGAGUACAUGCACUGCGUCACCAAGAUCGACCCCAAGUGGCUGGUGACGUACGCGCCGCGGUUCUUCCGCAGCGUCGAGCCGGGAAACAUGAGCUCCAAAAAGAAGAACGAGAAGAUCCAGCCGUUGUUCAACAGAAACGAUCCGAAGGAGAACUGGCGACUGAGCAAAGGAAGACGGUAG